AUGACUGUAGGUACAGAUGAACAGAUCGCACAAUGGAAGAAAGAGAAAAUAGUUGGUAUCAUAGGUUUAGGUGAUAUGGGCCAAUUAUAUGCUGAGAAGUUUUCAGAAGCAGGAUGGAAUGUUGUAGCAUGUGAUAGAGAAGAAUUGUAUGACAGUUUAAAGGAGAAAUAUGCUAAUGCUAAAUUUACUUUAGUCCAAGAUGGUCAUAGGGUAAGUAGAGUGAGUGAUUUCAUUAUUUAUAGUGUCGAAGCAGCUAACAUUGAUAAAAUUGUAGGCCUUUAUGGCCCUUCUUCGAAAAUUAAUGCAAUUGUCGGUGGCCAAACAAGUUGUAAACGACCAGAAGUUUUAGCAUUUGAAAGGUUAUUACCCAGCGAUACAAAGAUCAUAACUGUACAUUCGUUACAUGGACCUAAAGUAAACACUGAAGGUCAACCUUUGGUAAUAAUCGAUCACAGAUCAAAUGAUAAUGGUUAUUCUUUAUCUCUGGUAGACUCUAUCAUGUCUUGUUUAAAGAGUGAACAUGUCUAUUUGACUUGCGAUGAACAUGAUAAGAUAACAGCAGAUACACAAGCUGUAACCCAUGCCGCCUUUUUAUCAAUGGGUAGUGCAUGGGCAAAAUCUGAAACUUACCCAUGGGAUGCAAAGGAUAAUAAAUGGCAAGGUGGUAUUGAAAAUGUUAAAAUUAAUAUUUCGUUAAGAAUUUACUCUAACAAAUGGCACGUUUAUGCAGGUUUGGCAAUCACCAACCCACAAGCUCAUAAACAAAUUCUUCAAUACGCAACAAGUGUCACCGAACUGUUUACACUCUUUAUAGACCAUAAAAAGGAAGAGUUAACUGAGAGAAUAAUGAAGGCUAAGGAGUUUGUAUUUGGGAAUCAUACAGGGCUGCUAUUAUUAGAUGAUUCCCUAUUAGAUGAAUUUUCAUUAUCAGAGAAAGGUAGAAAUUCAAUAAAUUCAGUUCCAAAUUCACAUUUAUCGUUGUUAGCUAUUGUCGAUUCAUGGUAUCAAUUGGGAAUUAAUCCAUAUGAUCAUAUGAUUUGCUCUACACCACUCUUUCGAAUAUUUUUGGGUGUGUCAGAAUAUUUGUUUUUAACGCCUGGUUUAUUAGACAAGACUAUCGAUGCUGCUAUUGAUGACAAGGCAUUUAGAAGCAUCGAUCUUGAAUUUGUAGUUGCAGCCAGAAAAUGGAGUUCCAUAGUAUCGUUUGAAAGUUUUGAUCUCUAUCAAAAACAAUUUGACGAUGUCCAAAAGUUCUUUGAACCUAUGUUCCCAGCAGCAACAAAGAUCGGUAAUGAUAUGAUUAAGAAAAUUCUAGCUCAUUCCAAAAAAUGA